UGUCACUUUACUAUAGUCUGUCAAGCCAUUUCCGUCAGUAGGUAAAAUCGACAGAUUUGUUAUGCGACUAGGCGCGAACAUGAAGGGUUUUGAAUUCCACAGUUUUUUCAAAGUUUUUCCACUGACAAACUUGUUUAAUCGGCCGUAUUACUGGUUAUAAACAUUUUUUCUUUAUAAACUAAUAUGACACUCUGUCAAAGUUGUUUUAUAGUGACAAAUGAUCGACAUCGACACGUGUAUUGUUUCCUAAAAUUCUUAUCUUGUAUUAUUUUCAGGAACUUUUAAUAACUUGACUGCAUAAUGGAUUCGCAAACCCUAGUAAGCAAACCGGAAUUAAUCGUAUCCACUACAGAAAACCCUGAAAGUGUCUGCAUGUUAUUCGAUAUAUGUAAAGAAGUUAAGCUCUACUAUGAGCAUCCAGUUAUUUUUCUUACCAAAACAGACUUUUCGGAUAAAGCGUUCAACGUCAUGUGUAAUGUUCACUGUAUUCUGAAUGAAGAAAGAGAUGAGAAUACCAAAGGCCGAAUCUUAGACUUGAUUGUAGAUUAUCAGUUACAAUGGUUACAAUACGUGAACGCCAUAGAAAACUUUGAACAACUUGUGAUUGAUAGAAACCUACCUAAAGAUGACAUAUACCAAGCAGUAAGCUACACUAUAGACAGUAUGACAUAUCGCUUAAAGCAUUUUCAAAGGUUCAUUGAAAAGAAUAGAUCUGGUUUAACUAACGAAAAUCAUGCUAUAUUAAACGCAGAACUAGAAAUUGUUGAAGAAAUGCAUAAAGAAAUUGUCAAGGCCUUGGUUGAAAAACUGAAGUGUUUUCGAGGUAUUCAAAGUGGACCGGAAUUUGAUAUUAAACUUAAAUCUGAAGUCGAAGACCUGUUACAUUGGUUAGAUAAAAUUAGCGAUAACUUGGCUAUUCUACUUAGCAACUAUGUAAGUUUUAACGUGCAACAUUUAAGUAGCGAUUUGACAAAAACGUUACAACAAAUAGUUGAAGAAUUUAAAAACGACGAGUCGCCUAAUGCUAAAAGAAUGUUAGAAGAACUCAAAGAAAAAGGAAAAGAUUUAUGUUCAAUGGUAAGGUCCACAGCAAGCCAUGAUCUUGAGAUUAAUAAGGUUGUAGAAAAAAUUGCUGUUUUAGAUGACCGUAUUAAACGAUUAGAAGAAGAGAAUGCACAUGCAGCUCUUGGGGCACUUCGGUAUAAAAAGGAAUUUCUCGAAGCAAGAUUAAACUCGUUAGACAAUUUGAAAACCACUUUAAAAAGCCUUCACAAUUUAGCUGAAUACAUGCCGGAUGAUCCAUCAGGAGAGAUUUGCGAGUGCCCGGAUUUUUUCCAAUUGAGAAUUUUCAACCACGCACUUCCAUCUCCAGAGCGCGAGCGUUUGAUUUCCGAGUUCUGCUACUUAUGGGAUAUAGCCGUCAAUGGGAAACGGAAAAAGUCAAUAAUAUCAAUUCUUAGUGCAACUGAUGAAAAAGAGGAAUUUACUGAUGAUCUUGGUACAUUUUAUAUUGACGAAUAUGGAAGGAAAAUAUAUAUGAAACCAGAUGAAUCCACAUUGUAUCAAUGUAACGAAAAUGACAUGUUGGUACCUCUUUCCGAUGAUUCAGAACACGUUUAUUUUUAUGACGAAUGUGGAAGACACUUCUUAGACCUUCAUACCAGACAAAAGAUCUACAAAGCCCAUGCAACAGCAAGUGAAUUUAUGAUGGAUAGCUCUGGGGCUCUAAUUAAAUUAAAAGAAAUCCGCAAUGGUAUUACAUAUUACUACGAUAAUUUCGGACGUUAUUAUGUAAACGAGUCUAACAAGCGUAUCUACAUAGAAGAAGAUGCUACAAGUGAAUAUGAAAAUGAUGGGUUUGGUAAUCUCGUACGUAUAAGAAGCCAAUUAGAUAUUCUUGAACCUUGCCCUGAUGAUGAAAAUGUCACCGAAGAUUUCAAUUAUUUGAAACGAAACGUUGGAGCAGCGUUGCGUGAAUGUAUGGCAAAGACAAUUGUUGCGCAGCCUGCAGAUCCAGUGAAGUAUUUGUCCAUGUGUCUAUUUAAAUACAGAGAUAAUAUUGAGCAAAGAGAAAAGAGAGCUCGGGAAAAAGAACAGUUGGACGUCGAGAGAGAAAUACGCGCAGCUGAGGAACGCGAGGCUUUAGAAAAGGCCGCUCGAGAAGCUGCCUUUUUAAUGGCUCAAGGUGGUAGUGAGGCUUCUUAUGAUUCGAAUCUAAUGAACUAUCAGUAUCAGUCGCCCGAUCUUAUAUCAGCAAGUUCAAAACAAUAAUGCGGAAGUUAAAGUUCUCUGGUUCAAACAAGUCACUUUGACUGUGAACCAAUGGUAUCCCAGAUAAUCCACAUUGCAGUAAAUAGGCCUGUAUUUUGUUUUAGGAAGAAGUUCGAUUUAAUUUAUUUUUAACUUGUUCACUUUAUAUUUGUUAUAGUUGGCAAAUUGAAUAAAAUUAUUGGAUUAUG